ACUACGGGGCCCGAAAGGCCGCGCGCGCGGCGGAAGUGGGCGCACGUGACGCGUCGCGCCCACAGCGCCGGCUACGUUGUGCGGAGGGAAGUGGGCCCGGCGGCUGCUAGGCUUGGCUGCUGGGCGGAGGUGGCGCGCUAGCUUGGACCCCUUGGAGGCCGCCGCGGGGCUCCAGGAAGAUGUUACCAAGUAUUUCAGUGAAUUCUCCAGUGCAGGGGAACGGAGCGUUGAACUCCAGGGAUGCAGCAAGACACACAGCUGGAGCAAAACGCUACAAAUACCUGAGAAGACUUUUUCGUUUUCGGCAGAUGGACUUUGAGUUUGCUGCAUGGCAGAUGCUCUACCUAUUUACUUCCCCACAGAGAGUUUAUAGAAAUUUUCAUUAUCGAAAGCAGACAAAGGAUCAGUGGGCCAGAGAUGACCCUGCUUUCUUGGUCCUGUUAAGUAUUUGGCUCUGUGUGUCCACUAUAGGAUUUGGCUUUGUUCUGGACAUGGGAUUUUUUGAGACGAUAAAGCUGCUCCUUUGGGUUGUAUUCAUAGAUUGUGUAGGCGUUGGUCUGCUCAUAUCAACUUUAAUGUGGUUUAUCUCUAACAAGUAUUUAGUGAAACGGCAAAGCAGAGACUAUGAUGUGGAGUGGGGCUAUGCCUUCGAUGUGCAUCUGAAUGCUUUUUAUCCUCUCUUAGUCAUUCUGCAUUUUAUCCAGCUUUUCUUCAUUAACCAUGUUAUCCUGACAGACACAUUUAUUGGAUAUUUUGUUGGAAAUACCUUGUGGUUGGUGGCAGUGGGCUAUUAUAUCUACGUAACCUUCUUAGGAUACAGUGCAUUGCCAUUUUUGAAAAAUACAGUAAUUCUUCUUUAUCCAUUUGCACCUCUCAUUCUGCUCUACGGCCUGUCACUAGCGCUAGGAUGGAACUUCACCCACACACUGUGUUCCUUCUACAAGUACAGAGUGAAAUGAAGGCAGUCUUGGUGAAGUGACGACUGCUUCCGAAACUGGUAAAUAAACUAUCUUUGUAGAUAUCUUCAGGGUGUAAAGUUUGCAAAUUUGAGUAAAUAUAUAAUGUUAACGCUAUUGUCAAGUACAUUCCGUAAAACUAAUUAAUGUACAUUUCUAUAAUAAAUAUUUUUUAAACUAAA